AUGGCGAAUGAGGUUUUCUCGGUGAAAUCCUUCUAUAAUUUCCUGAAUGAGGGGGGCCUACAAUGUCCAAUUUCCAGUUGGUUAUGGCGCAACAAUUACCCGCGGAAAGUUAACCUCUUCAAUUGGUUAACUUGGAAGAACAAAAUUCUUACUCUUGAAAAUCUGGAAAAGCAAUGUUUUAAUAAGCUGCCAACUGCCACAUGUGUUUUUUGCCACGCGGGGAUUGAAUUAGUGGAUCAUUUGUUCCUCCAUUGCUCCUUUGCUAAACACGUGUGGAAAUAUUUUGUUAGAUUGUUACAUUUGCCGGAACCUCCGAUACUAUUGAGCUACUUAAUUUGGGUUUCUUGGAGAUCUCGUUUACAGACGUGGAUCCAGGAUGUGGGGGUUUGGAUUAUGAAAGCUCUUAUUUGGAAUAUUUGGCUUGCUCGAAAUGAUCGCAUCUUUAAUGCUAAUGUUGUGCAUGCUGCUGAUAUUAUUAUGAAAUGUGAUCGGAUGAUCUUUUCCUGGUUUACAGUGAUUGUUGAGGGAGCUAGAGGAAAGUUUGAAGACUACGCCCUUGCUAUCAGGCACAGUCUGAAGUUCCUUGAUCAGCGUGCGGAGGAGACCAACGAGGUCUUGACUGCUGAGGAGGCUAGUGAGCAGCACACGGGCUAG